CUUUUUUUUUUUUUUUGUUUUUUUUUUUUUUAUAUUACAAUAAUAUAUAUUCCAAUGACUGCAAAUACCAAAAAUAAUGCAAGCCAUUCUUGGUUACCACUUGAAGCUUGUCCAGAGGUUUGGAAUAAGAUCAUUCAUGGGUCAGGUGUUGAUACAAAAUGGAAAUAUGUGGAUAUUGAAAAUUUGGAUAGUUUAAUUCAAGCACCAUUGGCCAUCAUUAUUUUAUUCCCAUCAACACAACGCUAUAAUGAUCAUAUUCAUCAAGAAGAAAUCCGGCUGGCCAAAUUGGAACAAAGUAUUAGUCCGAAUGUGAUUUUUUUCAAGCAACCAGCUGGGAUGGCAGCAUGUGGGAUGACAGCUAUGCUUCAUUCAUUGGCCAAUAAUGAUAAUGAAGUAGUGGGACCCGGAGUAUUGCAUGAUUUUCUGGAAACAUCACGAUCCAUGUCGCCUGACGAACGUGCUGAUUGGUUACAACAAUCCAACGAAUUAGAACAUUUGCAUCAAACUGCCGCUUCACUUGGUCAAACGGAUGUCACUGGUCCUGGUCAAUGUCAUAUUGAUUGUCAUUAUAUAUGCUUAGUGGAAGUCGAUGAUCAUUUAUAUGAAUUGGAUGGACGUAGGCCAUUACCUGUGAAUCAUGGAAAAACAACAGAUUUUAUUCAGAGUGCUGCCAAGAUGAUCAAACAAUACAAAGACUUGGAGCCAGAUCAAAAACACUUUAGGAUCAUUGCCCUUAUGGAAUCAAAGUAGUGUUAUUUUUUUUUUUUUUUUAGCUUAGUUAUGUUUAUACUUUUUCCUUUUUAUAUAUACUUUAUCUAAAACCCUUUUUUUUUUUUUUGAAAACUUAAUAAAAUGACCAUUACAUAUCCCCCCUGAACAAAA